AUGGAGGAACUACAAGCUCGUCACAGGAAGGAGCAAAAGGAGCUUCAAGCGCGAAUUACGCAAAAGAAGAAAUCAGCAACAAAGAAAACGCGCAAGGGCGUCAAUGAUGAGUGUGAAAGCUUACAGAGGCAACUUCUGGAUAAACAGCAAGGAGAAAUAUCCCGACUUAAUGGCGAGGUAGACGCUGGCGAUGUGGAGGCAAUGAAUCAGAUGAAUGACUUAAGCAUCGAGGAAAAUAACCAUGACGAGAAAAAAGGGGAAAUACACGUCAAUGAAAAAACAAUUUACUCUGUCCCCAUGAUGAAUAACUCGAGCACACACGAGACGACCAGCGCAUCAGAAGGAGGACCUGGCCCAAAACGGGGUAAUCGCCAGAAAGCCCGUUUAGCUCGCCGUGCAGCUGAGCGUGAGGCAGAGAUUAAUAAUGCUGCAGACGAAGCAGCUAAUCAGACCGAUUACCGCGCCAACGAGCGCAAGGCCAUGGACGAAGCCUUUGCCAGUCUCAAGUUAAAGGAACGGGACAUUGCGGCCGAUGGCCACUGUUUAUAUUCUGCCGUGGCAUGGCAAUUGGCAGAGAAUGGCUUAAAUCUGCAUCCAGAGCAGGGAGAACUUAUGUCAGCUGAUUCGGUAAAGAAUGAUGGAUACAAACUUGUUCGAGCUACGACAGCUGAUUUUAUCCUGGCUAAUGCGGAUGAUUUUGCACCAUUCCUGGAGGAGCCAAUACAAGAGUAUGUUCGAAAAAUAAGAUCGACAGCAGAGUGGGGAGGUCAACUGGAAUUACAGGCUAUUGCGCGCGCAUACAAAGUACGGAUAAAUGUCAUUCAGGGAGAGGGACGUAUCGAAAAAUUCCAAUCAGACGGUGAAGGAGACGAGAGCCAGACCAAGAAUAUAUGGCUAGCUUAUUACAAACACACAUAUGGGCUUGGGGAACAUUAUAACGCCUUGUAUAAUAUCCCUUGA